AGCACAAGUGCCCCCGAAAGGUCAAUAAAAAAGAGCCAAGAAUCAUUUUCUGCUGCUUAUAAAUUAACGAAGCCGCGCCUUUCUCGAUCACACUUGUCUCCGUCCCACCAUUUCCACCAAUCACUUCCUUCUCCUCUCAGAUCCGCACUUACCAGAGAUUCUCCUCCUUUUUGGAAUCUUGAUCAAACCAAUCCUUGCAAUGGCUGAAAAUAAACUCGAUAUCUUGUCCGAAGACUACGUUCCAACGGCUGUGGUCAACGAACCGUUACCUUGGCCGGUAACAAACGGGACCAAAGCAGAUCACGAGGAAGAGAAUCUUAAAAACAAAAAGGUGAUAAACGGUGGAAGAGGAGAAAGAGAAAUGGUUCUCGGCAGGAAUGUCCACACGACGUCUCUGGCCGUAACGGAGCCUGAGUCUAACGACGAAUUCACCGGAGAUAAAGAGGCGUACAUGGCUAGCGUCCUCGCUCGUUACCGGAAAACAUUAGUCGAGCGAACCAAAUAUCAUCUAGGUUAUCCAUAUAACUUGGAUUUCGACUACGGUGCGCUUGGGCAGUUGCAGCAUUUCUCCAUUAACAAUCUUGGAGAUCCAUUUAUCGAAAGCAACUAUGGUGUACACUCUAGGCCUUUCGAAGUUGGCGUCUUGGAUUGGUUUGCUCGUCUCUGGGAGAUUGAGAGAGAUGACUAUUGGGGUUACAUCACUAACUGUGGAACUGAAGGAAACCUUCACGGCAUUUUAGUUGGGCGAGAGGUGUUUCCUGAUGGGAUUUUGUAUGCGUCGAGUGAAUCUCAUUACUCUGUGUUUAAAGCAGCUCGUCUGUAUCGAAUGGAGUGUGAGAAAGUUGAUACGCUUAUCACCGGGGAGAUUGACUGUAAUGAUUUAAGACAAAAGCUGUUGGCCAACAAAGAUAAGCCGGCCAUUCUUAAUGUUAACAUAGGAACAACUGUUAAAGGAGCUGUUGAUGAUCUCGACCUCGUGAUCAAAACUCUUGAAGAGUGUGGCUUCUCACAUGACAGGUUCUAUAUUCACUGCGAUGGAGCUUUGUUUGGACUUAUGAUGCCUUUUGUCAAACGUGCACCAAAAGUCACGUUCAAUAAACCGAUAGGGAGUGUGAGCGUGUCGGGCCACAAGUUUGUCGGGUGUCCAAUGCCAUGUGGUGUACAGAUAACAAGAAUGAAACACAUCAAAGUCCUCUCUAACAACGUCGAGUACCUCGCCUCAAGGGAUGCAACGAUCAUGGGGAGCCGAAACGGGCACGCUCCUUUGUUCCUAUGGUACACCUUAAACCGGAAAGGGUACAAAGGGUUCCAGAAAGAAGUUCAGAAAUGCCUGAGAAACGCGCAUUACCUCAAAGACCGACUACGAGAAAACGGGAUCAGUUCUAUGCUCAACGAGCUUAGCAGCACUGUUGUCUUUGAACGUCCUAAAGAUGAAGAGUUUGUCAGGAGGUGGCAGCUCGCUUGCCAAGGCGAUAUAGCUCAUGUUGUGGUUAUGCCAAGUGUUACGAUCGAGAAGCUCGAUCAUUUUCUGAAAGACCUGGUUGAACACCGGUCGGUUUGGUAUGAGGAUGGAUCUAAACCACCGUGCCUUGUUAAGGACGUAGGAAUCAAGAACUGCAUCUGUCCAGCUCACAAGUGAUGGAGCUGUUUUUUCCUCCAUAUAUUUUGGCAUUUUCUGUGUUGUUUGGUUUUAUUUUCUAUCUCAGUUGUAGUCACAAAUUUCAGAGUCAAAUUUUGUUAGCUU